UCUGCGCCAUUCACCGUUCGCCACUCGCCCCACUCGCCCCACUCUCGCGCCCCCCUUUCUCCUCCGAGCUGCGAUUUACCCGUUUCGCCACUCAGGAUCCACGCCUUUGCGCAGUGGAACGAUAUGCGCCAAAAAGGCCAGGCAGGCCCCGGACGCAGGCCCCCGGACGAAGCAUCCAAAGGGGGAAGGAAGGGCGUGGCGAGCAGCGCACGUCGAACAAUACACCCGCGCCCGGCCUUUCCCGUUCGCUAUUGGACUAUUUCAGAAAGUCCUGCUUCUGAGGGCGAUCUUUGCUCGCCAAUGCCGCAGCAGCAAGCAGCGGCAACAAGGACGGCGAGGGGGUGGUGGGGGGGGGGAGAGAAGCGCAAUCACACGGACCAUGAAGCACAGAGAGCGCGGGGGGCCCAUCCAUGCGCGCUAAAGUCUGUUCGGGCCUCGCAAGCUUCCUCCCUUUACCUUCUCCCCUUCUCGCACCCGCUCCUGACUUUGUCAAAUGUUCAAACUUGCUCCCGCAAACAAAGACCUACAGUGAACGUGCCAUGCGCAGCAGCAUCUUCUCUUUUCCCCCCUCGCCGAUCACGAGCUUCGACUUUCUGCGCUUGCCCGCCCACCCCAGCAAAGCAAGCAAGAUCGAAACCUCUUGUCCCUCGCCCACUCGAUCACUCCAUCGUAUUCUAGCGCGCACCUUUUGACUAUUACAGAGCGUGCAUUGUCGUUUGCGUCGUGCCGCCCUCGCCUGCUUGAAGCUGAAAGCUUCAAAGAAAGAAACAACGGCAGUUGCUGAAGCAUUGCACGAAAGUUUCUCAUCGGCCUCUGCAUUGCUGGCUGCGCGUGCGUCUCCGUGCCCCAGCUUUCACUUUGUAGAUCCGACGAUUGGCCAAAAGCAGGGUACCGUCUCCUUGUACUUUUUGUACUUGGGG